UACGAGGCGUGUUGAGGCAGCAGUGUGGUGCUGUGGUCGGGUGAGGGAGCUGCGUCCGUCGGCGGUGCAGGUGCUGGAGCCUCACCUGGGUACUGUGGUGCUGGAGACGAGCCCCGGGAGGUGGUGGAGGCCCCAAGAUGAACCCGGCAGCGGUGCCCACGCCCCUAGAGGACGUGCAGGGGGACGGCCGCUGGCUGAGCAUGCAUAAUAGGUUUGUAAACCAGGCGCGUGAAAUGGAACCUGAUGUGGUGUUCGUGGGUGACUCGCUAGUGGCCAAUCUUCUGUCCACCGAUCUGUGGGAGAAGUGGUUUGCUCCCAUGCAUAGCCUCAAUUUUGGUAUUGGAGGGGACCAAACACAACACGUCCUUUGGAGACUUCGGAAUGGAGAAUUGGAAUUUAUAAAACCAAAGGCAGUUGUGGUAUUAGUUGGAACUAAUAACCACAAUCAUACAGCAGCAGAAGUUGCCGGAGGUAUUACAGAAAUAUUCCAGACAAUUAGGGAAAAGCAGCCACAAGCCUAUAUAAUAAUUCUUUCACUCCUACCUCGAGGGGAGAAGCCCAAUCCUUUACGGGAGAAGAAUAGUGAGGUCAAUGCUCUCAUAAAGGAAGCUCUGCGUCAAAAUGACUUAUGUCAGGUGGUUAAUAUUGAUCGCGACCUUGUCCUAGGAGAUGGAACGAUAGACCACAGAGACAUGUAUGACUACUUACAUCUGACCUCACAGGGUUACCAACGUGCCUUUGAGCCAGUCUACAUGCUUUUGAGCAAUUUAUUGCAUGAGGACGAUGCUGUACUGCUCAAUGACGCUGUUCUUGCAUCCCCAGCGGCAGAUAAUCCCCCAUCAGACAACCGCGUCACUUGUGCUGAAUAGCUUGCACAUUGUAUUGGCCAACUCCACUGCAGAUUAGCAUCACUGCCCUGGGCACUUGACAUCCUUGAUCAUACUGUAUUGAUGUAUGCUUAAUACAACACUGGCCUCGUGAAAUACUGCUUCUGUAUGCACUUCUGCUACACAUGUGCAUUGUUGCUUGUCGGGUCUGCUUUGCUUCUCGAUCAAACAUUCUUUCUCAUGAGGUAAUUAACUUUUUUUUUUUUCUUAACUUUGCUAAUAUUUUCAGCUUGUGUGGAAGUCUGUGACUAGUCCAAGGCUCGCACAGCCUUGCUUACAAUUUUAGUUGUGUUCUGUAGACCUAUACAGGUCUUUGUAGUAUUGUGUGAUUUGAAAGAAAUUAACACUCAUCAAAACUUGUAUAGCUAUCUCAUAAAUGGUGCUUUCCAUUAAAUAUUAGUCCCAUCUGUUCCUGAAAACAGUAUCUAUAUAUUUGAUUGCAUAUACCAAAUCUUUACAGUUGUAUAAAACUUUUGCAUGAAAUUAACUUUUUAAUUUUCAUAAAUAAUAUAUAAAGCUGUUUAAAUGGACGUAUUUUAAAAAAAAUUAAAUUCACUGUAAGAAAUGUACAGUAAAAACUUUCACACAGAGCAAUGAAAAGUAAAAUGUUACUAGUGUGAAUAUCAAAAGAACUGAUCAUUGAGGUAAUACAUUGGACAUAUUAUCUUGUACAAGAGUGCAAAGUAUGCUUUUCUUGGCUUAAUUAUCUCUGAUAAAUGUAGGCAAUCUCAACUUGAUUUUAGGUACACCUGUAUUUUGUGCAAUAUGUCUCGUGAAAAAUCUCUUAUUAAAAUACUUCAUGCAUAGUUAUAAAUGUUUAGUUUUCAUUAGUGUGAGAUUCUUUAUUGUAGCAAAAGAAGGUUGUAUAGAGUGAAUUUCUUCAAAUAGGUGAAAAGCUUUAAGUUGAGUGAUAAAGACUAAUGAAGAUAACUUGUACAUGCACAGAAUACAGACUCGAGGAAGCAGCUUAUGCUCGAGGCUGUCAAGGUGUGAUGAGGCAGCCAGCACUGGGCUUGUGGUGAACAAAUCAUUCCUAGAAACCAAAGUCUAGAACAGAAGGACUUGUUAAGCCUGUUCUUGUGAUACAUACUAAGUGAUCUUACAUUCAUUAUUUAAACUUGUUUUUAUUGAUGAUGUUACUUUUGUACAUUGGCAUUUCUUUGUUUAUGUAAUGGAACUUGUGCAGCUGCUGCUUUAUAUAUAUAUAUAUAUAUAUAUUAUAUAUAUAUAUAAUUUUUUUUUUUGUCAUGAAUGUACAGGACUGUGCUGUAUGGUUUGGGUACAUGCAUACACAUUUUAGCCACGUAAGUUAUUUUGCAUGUAGUAGUAACACUUUUCUGAAAGAUGUAAAUGUGAAUUGCUUUUUAUUUUGUAUACCAUAUUUAUUAUAAACAAAGUUUUCUGUAGUUAUAUUUUGGCAGUUAAUAUUGGGGCAUAAUGUAUUUGUGUUCAGUUCAGGUGCUGAAUCUAGUCUCGGUGAUAUAGUUCAUAAUUACCCUAUGAAUUAUGAAAAACUGUUUGAAUGAGCAUAGUGUCGUGUCCUUGUUCACCUACACCAUAACCCGUGUUACUUGGAACUUUUUGUUCCAGGUAGCGAAUGUUUAACAGCAACAACAUUGUUCACCUAGAGCCACCACUGUUAGUGGUGUAUGGGGAAACUCUUCACCCUGUUCAUGUUUUAAUCUCUUAUUUCUAGGACCAACAUUUUAUGCCAUAAAGUAUUUAUCUGAGUGUAACUGUUCAGUUAAUGAAUUUAAUAACAAGGCUUAAUUUUUUUGUAUCUAUUUAUUCUUUGUUAUCAAUUAUUAGCUGUUGCAUUUGCCUCAAACAAAAAUAAAAUCUGCAUGAUGGAAUUUUUUGUACUUCCCUGGGGUUUGUUUGUUUAUAUUGUACUUUGUAUUUAAUUGACAUUGCACCAUGGUUUUUUACCAGUACGUACUUGAUAUUUUUAUUGUAUGUAUUAUAACAAUAGGGUCAGGAAGAACUGUGAUGCAUGUAUGAGAGGUCUGUUGAUGAAUGCGAUGUCACUGAUGUAAUGUGCCGACGAUACUCUGGUUUGACUCAUAAUUAACAACCAGAUUCAAAAAUGUUUAAAAUUUUUGUAUUGGUUGUGUAGAUAUUUAAAGGACAACAAGGAGUUAUACAAUAGUUAGCCUCAUGCACUGCAAACAUGUAUUAGUAGGACAUUUGUUUACAAUGCACGUUGCUUCAGUGUUUUAACAUGGCAGUCGGUCAAUAUUUAUUGUGCCUAUAGUAUUGAAGAAAAAUAAGAAAGUUAUCUACUGGAAGAUUAAUAUAAAUACAACUCUGCAUGAUACAACAUUGCCCUUAGUACAUGUGGUCCAGAAUUCAACAUUAAGUUCAUUGUUUCUGUGAAACCAAACUUUGUUAAAGUAAAAAAAAAAAAAACAAUUCUGUGAUUAAGUGUCUUGAAGGAUGAUACCGAAUAAAAUCUAUAUUUACUAGUUUAAUUCAUACAUUGGUCUUAUUUUAGAUGACUCCCUACAAGCUGUGACGCUUUAACUAUCAAGAUACUGUACUCAAAAAUAUAAUAAUGUUUUUUCAUGUUGCAACGUCUGAAUUUUCAAGAUAAGUCUGAUGCAUCAUUUUUCUUCAAAUGUGCAAAUCUCAGAAUUAUUAGAUUCAUAGUGUAAAAUACAAAGGUGCAACAUUAACUUUGACAUAUGUGAAUGAUAGAAUAACAUAAAAUGCUCUUUCCUACUAUUAUACAAGUUUAUCUUAGGUUUGAAUCUAGGCCUUUUAUUGUCUUGCUGUAAUCACUUGCACUUUAGAAAUGAAGCUUGACACCAUGAUAACAAAUGAAUUAAUUAGUAUUUCCACUUAAAUUUGACAUUUUUCAGAUUUUAUUUAUUAAAUACUGUAUACUUGGUAAUUAAAAUUUUCAUUAACAUUCGAGUUCUUAUGACCACUAAAUGGAUAACUGACAAUUUGUUUUUAAACAAUGCAUUUAUUACAAGAUAUUUAUUCCUUUACUGUAACAAUUCAAGUUCAAUAAUUACUGUGUAAGGUAAAUGUUGAGUAGCUGUUCUGUUUAGUUGGUCUUCUUUUGAAAUGUACAGUUCAGGAAGCUAGUGCAGCUCAUGUGUUUCUAUAUGAAAUUGAUCAAUGUGUGAAAACUAACUUAUAUUUCUGCUUGUUUGUCACUUAUAACUAAAUAUAUUUGUUUACCUGCAGUUUAGUACAGUAUUGUACUGUAUAUUCAAUGUUGUUAUUUUGGAAGGGGGGAAAUGCUAAACUUUAGUAAUUUAAUUUUGUCUUAAAUUUGAAGCUUACUCUUGGCUGUUAGGCAUUACCUGCAUGACUAAUUUAUUAAAAUUUAGCUUUAAUGUUGUCCUUGAAUUUGAGGUCUUAAAUUUUUAAGUUUUGAUUUCUGUGAUUGGAAUAAAAGACUGGUGACAAUAUAGCAAAGCAAACCUACUAAGACUCCUGUGCACUGUUUUAUGUAUAAUUAAAUUAUUAUACAAUU